AUGAGUAAAGAAAGAGCAGCUGGCGGCGCUGUGAAUUUGUUGUGGAAUGCUGAAGCCACUGGUAGUGAUGAAUACCCUGUAGAAAUUAGACUAAUUACUGCUCCCAAGUAUGUUCUUUAUGCUCAAACAGUUGACAAGGUUAGCGCACCUGAGGAUAAUCUAUCCACUGAAGAAAUGUCACAUUUGAAUCUUGGCAAUGAGGAGCCAUAUCCAUGUUUAGCAUUGGCAUGGCCAACAAGCAUUUCAGUGCAGAUUGGAAUGGAAACUGGAAUCACACUGCAGGCAGCCAUAUCCAUGUUUAGCAUUGGAAUGGCCAACAAGAAUUUCAGUGCAGAUUGGAAUGGAAACUGGAAUCACACUGCAGGCUGGCCUUAUGGACACUGGAAUGCAGAUCAAACUUCGAAAAGAAUAAUUGUUGGCGGUUCCGAGAAUUGGCAUUUUGGGUUUAAUUAUACUGAUUGGGCUAUCAGAAAUGGCCCCUUUUACUUGAACGACACACUUGUAUUCAAGUUUGAUCCCCCAAACAACACCACAUUUCCUCACAGUGUUUAUCUGCUGCCCAAUUUCUGGAGUUUCCAAAACUGUGAUUUGAGAAGAGCACAGAAGAUUGCACAAGUGACACAAGGAGGAGGAGAAGAAGGUUCUCGUGGGGCGGAGAUGAUAAGAAGUGUGGAGUGGCAUGGGUUGAGUGGUCAAAGUUAUGUAGGCCAAAGGGUGCAGGUGGACUUGGAUUGA